ACAUACACGAGCAAAUCCAAAUCCACAAAGUGUUGACUACUCUUGACUCAGUCCUAAGCAAAAUUUCUCUGAAAUCAUGGGCUGGGGAGCCCUCGGAGGCUGUAUUAUACAAUUCCUUGCAAUCAACAGGCGAAGAUUCGCAGCGUAUCACUUGCUGAUCGCUAUAUCUUGAAGUGCUUGUAUCCAUAAUCAGAGCAACAAUCCAGCUCGGUAUUGCGAAGGGGUUCUUUUAGUUGCAGCCCAAUACCACGGAAAUAAGUUGCAAAUAUCAGCUUUGAAUUCCAAGGACAACCAAACAACAGAAUUGAGGAAACCUAAUUCGAAUUCCAAAUUCCAACCUGCAGUAUCAACAUCCAAACGUACUGGCCAUAUAUUUCUAUAGCCUUUUGUCAGUUGUAUCAUCUGUCAUGCCCCUGUGCAUGUAUAUUCUGUCUGUCAGCACGGGACGGCAAAAGAAAAGAGUGAGCUACUGUAUCUCACAGAUAUCAAGCCACUCAAAAAAAAAAGCCACUCAACGGUCACGGGGGGCCAAUGCCAUGGCGCCAAAUGCCAAAAGCACCAGCCCCUAGCUAGCGUACCAGCAGGCAGCUCUCUGCAGUCCACAGUACACUCCACUGUGAGCUCCAAGCUCGACAGAACAAACCAUGGAGCCGCCUCUCGGAGCCCUGCUAGUCCUCUGCUCCCUCCUUCUCCUCGCCUAUCCAUCAUCCUCCGCCGCCCAUGGCCAUGGCCAUUACCACGAGCACUACGACAACGCGACCGUGUACAACGUCUCUGUCGCCGCCGCCGCCGCCGCCGGCACGCAGGGGCUGGGGGCGUGGGCGGACGCGCUGGAGUUCCUGUACUACCACAACGCGGUGCGCAUGGCGCGGUGGGAGCCACCGCUGGCGUGGUCGCCGCGGCUGGAGUCCUACGCGCGCUGGUGGGCGGCCCAGCGCCGCGCCGACGGAUGCGCGCUCCGGCACUCGUUCCCCGACGGCCAGUUCGCGCUCGGGGAGAACAUCUUCUGGGGCUCAGGCGCCGCGGCGUCAUGGCGGCCGGGGGACGCCGUGAAGGAGUGGGCGGCGGAAGGCGUGGACUACUCGUACGCGGCCAACGCGUGCGCGCCGGGCCGGGAGUGCGCGCACUACACGCAGAUCGUGUGGCGCCGCACGGCGCUGCUCGGCUGCGCGCGCGUCGUGUGCGGCGAUGAUGGCGGAGGCGUGUUCAUGACCUGUAACUAUUACCCGCCCGGGAACGUCGUCGGGGAGAGGCCAUACUGAAUCCUGAUUGUGAUUGUGAGCCGAGGUUUGAUAGCAGAAGCUUUCUUCAGGGGUUAAUUGGGUGUGCACGCAGCCUGCUCGGCGGAAUUCCUGAUGCUUGGUGCACCUGUCCGUCAGUUUAGAUUAUGCAUAGUAGGUACGUACGGCUUCAGUUUAGUAGUGUUCGACAUUACAGGAGCACAUCGCAAGAUCUUGGUAUUUGUGUGUUUUCUAAUACACGAUUCUGGUAUUAACUCUUGCGUUGUAUUUUUUUUUAUCUUUGCGAUGAUAUUAACUUGGAUCGAAAUCACACACUGGAAUCUGAUGACACCAGUUCUCUACUGUAUCAGCCUGAUCGUUUCCAGUGCGCUACUGCUACAUUCAGUAAAAGGAUAGUUUAACUGUAUUAAGAAUCCCAAGCUAACACGACGGCGACCGGCUGAGCGAGCUGCCGGACUGCCUGCUGCAGGACAUCCUGUCGCGCGUGGGGUCCCGGCUGGCCGUGCAGACGAGCGCGCUGUCCCGCUGGUGGCGCCACCUCUGGCGCGACUUCUCCUCCGGCUCCGGCGAGUCCUUCGACAACAGCCAGCAGCACAACCAGCACUGGGGCCGCUUCGAGGACUUCGCGGACCACGUCCUCUCGCCACCAUCGUCGCCGCUGCACCCGCACCGCCGUAUCGACGCCUUCCGCCUGCGCAUCACCAGCCGCUCCCCGGCCGCCGUCGCCAUCCACGGGCUCGACGGCUCCGCCGUCCGCUGGAUCAGCCCAUCCCCAUCUUCGUCUUCCUCCUUGGGCCGCCUCGCCAAGCUGCAUCUCGUCGAGGUCACCAUAAUGCCGGGCGCCUUCGUCUCGUCCAUGGGCCACCUCAUGGGCUGCCCGCUCCUCGAGGACCUCCACAUCACAUGGAGCGCUGCUACGCCUACGGCUCCCACGCCAUAUCCUCGCCCAAGCUCAAGAGGCUCGCCGUCGUCCGCCCUCGCGACGGCGGCCUCGUCGCCGCCGCCGAUCUCCCCCGCCUUGAGUGCCUGCGGCUCGACCUGCUCUGCGACGGGCAGCCCGAGUCCGCCCCGCAGGAGAACCAGCCGCCGCUCGUCGAGGCCUCGAUCCGGGUCACCGAGCUGGACUACGAGAUCGUCCGCGAUAAGCGAGCAAGGAAGAACAGGAUGGAGUUCUUGAAGGCCAUGUGUAGCCUCCUCGUUCGAUUCCCCAACGUCGUCUCCCUUGAUCUCUCCGGCUUCACCUUCACGGCAUUGCUAGAAGAGCAAUCCCAAGAAUUCCAAUGCUGACGUUGGAGUCAACUUCCAGGCACUACACAGCAUCCUUCUGAACGCCCCUAAUUCGGACACACUCAGACUGCACCGAUGCAAGGUACAGUACACACAGGAACAAACAUUCUUCAUCAAUUUCAUCUUUGGUUCCGUUUGUAACUAAUCUAAUUAGUGUGUUGAAACAUCGACCGAUGUGGCGGGCUUGAUCACAGCACGGUUUCGUUGAACGGAGAAAGGGACAUAACUGGUCGAGAGUUCCUUCCAACUAUUCAAUUUUGAAUAAUGUCGUUAGUGUAUUGUUUUUACUCUAUGUAAUUAUUUACAUCCCUUUUGUAGUCUCUAACUAGCAAAUGCGUGUUGAAACAAAUACUUCUGUCAAUAGAUGGAUCAGGUGACACAACAUCUCCAGGCA